AUGCCGGAUCCUUUCGUGGAAGGUGAAAUCCAUGAGAAGAAGGUCAUGCUGAGCCCCUUGUGGGGAGUUCAUGGAAUCUACAGUUUCGAACUGCUGCCGGACAACACGACAGCUACUGCCGAGGUCUACUGCGCUCAAUUGCAAAGAUUGGCCGACAAUAUUCGCAAGGAGCACCCGAAGCUUGACAACGUUCGCCUGCUGCACGAUAACGCGCGCCCUCACAUAGCGAAGAAGACUUUCCAGAAAAUUCUGGAGCUCGGAUGGGAAGUUGUACCGCACCCACCGUACAGCCCGGACCUGGCUCCGAGCGACUACCACCUCUUCCUUUCGCUUCAGCAUCACCUGGAAGAGAAGCGCUACGAUGAUCGUGACCACCUCGAAAAUGACCUUCGGGCUUUGUUCGCCUGCAAGUCGCCAGAGUUCUUCGUCAAAGGAAUCCGUGACCUUGUGAGACGUUGGCACAAGGUUGUCGAUGUUGAUGGGGAUUAUUUCGUCGAAUAA